AUGUCUAGAUCGAUAUGCAUUGUUGGGGGAUCGUUAGCAGGCCUCAUGGCCGCUGUCGUUCUCAAACCACUGGGCUACGACAUCACUGUUCUAGAGAAGAAGAGUGAAACCGAUAUGCAGUCUUACAACGGGAUCAGUCUGGGACCAUAUGCGCUGAAGCUUCUUAAUAAAUACAAACCUUAUGCAACGCUAGAGGCUACAAGUAUUAAGAACACCAAAUGUGUUGACUUUAAUGUAAAUGGUCAGUGCAAACUGUCUUCUUUGCCACUAGACAGCGAACAGACCAUCAUCACCACCACUUGGAACACGGUGUUUGAGGCAUUGCGAGCCGACAUCACAGCUGGGACUGCCGGGCACGGGGGGAACGUUCUUUUGAACUAUGACUGCCAAGUCACCAAUAUCCAAGAAGAAGGUUCAAAAAUGAGGUUAUUCUACCUAAACAAGAAGCAAGAGUCACAAGGACUCUUUGACCUUGUGAUUGGAGCUGAUGGGGCGCAUUCGCUUGUGCGAAGUGUGGUACAGCCGGAUCUCAAGGCAGCGUUUACAGGCUACGUGGCGUGGCGCGGCGAAAUUCCGGAAACGCAAUGUUCCUCUAGAUUCGAGUCUGUGAAAGCGGGAGACCUGGGGUUUGUCAAGAUGCCGAACAGCCGAUCUUACAUUUUGCUGUACGCCAAGCCCUCUCGGGACGAAACCAAGAAGACGGGCAUCCCGAAGAUCGAAUGGUGUUGGUACAGUCCUUGUGAGGACCUCGAUGUCUACUUCCAGGGAACAGAAAGCAUACACACCAAGUUCGACACCACGGACGCUAAUGAGUGGAAGGAGCAUCUUGCAAGAUUUGCUCACAAUCUGCCUUCGUGGAUCGAUCCAUUAAUCAGGGACAGUACCUGUUUGUCUAUAUCAAAGAUAGUUUCGUUUGACGGCGCGCAGAACGUUUUCUAUGACGGGAAAGUUCUUCUCGUUGGCCAAGCCUAUUGGGGAAACGAGCCUUAUCUUGGAAAAGGCUGCGAUAUGGCUGCAUAUGAAGUCCUUCAACUCUCAUCAAAUAUGCCGGGUUUCAACGAGAGUAAGGUUGAGGGAACAUGGACAGCCUGUCUGCAGAGUCUUUCAAAAACCUGGAGCCCUCAAGUAUCUUCUAGCAUGCAGGAUGUGGCCAACCAGAGCAAACGUGCAGGCGCAUAUUUCAGAGGGGAAAUUCCCGAGUUGCCUGAUCUCUCAGCAUCGUCGUAG